AUGAAAUCUCUAAUUCUACUCCUGUUUCUCGGAGCGGUAGCCUUUACCUUGGCUGAGGAGCCAGUUGAGGAUGAGGCAGUCCAGGAGUACUUAGAUGAAGAGGAGGAUGAAACCAUAACCGAGCUUGCUGAUGAAGAUGAUGAAGAGAAUGACCCCCGUCGUCGUCCAAGUCCAAGUCGUCGUCCUUCAAGAAAGCUGGUAAGAUCUCCCUUGUCUCCAUUUUUAAACAGACUACUGGGAUGUGGAGAAUUCACUUAAUAAUUUGUUUAAAAUUACGUUUAACGCCCUUACAAAAUAGGUUCUCUCUGUGGAGUCCUCGGGAGUACAUCUAAAGAAUCGCGCUCGCUUAACCAGGAAAUUGCGUAUUUUAUUUGGUUAACAUCUUAGCGCGAUAACCGUUCUGUUAAAAACGUAGCCGUCGCUUAUUUCAGGCGAUUGGUAUCAAAUGAUAAAGGGUAGCAUCAUUGAUUAAUAAAAUCCUAGCAAACGGUGUUUUAAUAUAAACAGUAAUGACCACUGAGCUAUUGUUGUAAAACUCACAUAUUUUACUUCUUUUCUCUUAAAAAGUGUAGAAGAGUUAUUAAGCGUUGCUUGAGGAGGCCCACCCGUACGCCACGAAGCCGCCGUCCACGUCCCACAAAAUCCAUCGGGGAAAGAUCUUUGGACUGCUUGGAUGUCGAGAAAAAGUUUUACAGCAAACGCAAAGCAGUUUGAUGUAGUUAGCUUACCUGCAAUUUUUUUUUAUGCGACUAUUAGAUGCAUGUUUUUAUGGUUUCCCGGCGAGCUCUUCAGCUUAUGCGUUUUUCAGCCGCGGUAGUGUUACCCAUAUGUCAAGAAAAUAGUCAUAGUUUUUUCAGUGAUGAUUGGCGUCAAAUGACAAAGAGAGGCAACAUCAAUCAAUGA